UGUUUCUGUCGGACAACAUUUACGGACACACGUCUGUUGUACUGACCUUCCGGUUAGUUCGAGUGCUGUCAUUUCGAGAUGUCUCUUGUGAGGCUGUGUGCGGCAUCAUGGGGAGUUCCUGCACCAUUUUGCAGGCUACGUCAGAUUUCUCUGAUCCACACACACACCCCACAGUUCAACUCCAAGAGAACGUCUGUGGUUCGCUGCAGUCGACAGAAGUAUGAAAGAAUGUACCCUGUGAUGUUGGUCCAGACCGACGGUUCAACAAUCAACAUCAGAUACAAAGAACCCAGACGGAUCCUCAUGAUGCCAGUAGAUCUGACCACUUUGUCUGAAGAAGAGCGUCGCAGCAGACAGAAGAGGAGAGAGGUGAAGAAGACGGUCAAAGAGACGAUAGUCCAGUAUGAAGAUGACUUUAAAGCCGACAAGUACAGCCAGUUCUGGAAGAAAAAAUAAUUUCAACACAUGGAGGCUGCAUUUUGUAGUGAACAUGUUUAAUGUGUAUGAAAUGUCCAAUAUGUACCUGUGUUGAAUAAGUUAAUGGUCCCCUCUCAAUGGUUGCUGCUCUGCUACAUUUUGUAAUUAAUGUGUAAUUACCUAAAUGACUGCAGUGAAGUGUAAUCCAGCAUUUACAUUUACAUACAACAUAUUUGUUCACUUUUUUUCCAAGAUUCGUUCUGUUAUUCAUUUGGUAUUUACUUUGAUAACUGUAUUGUUUGUCUACUUAUUUCAAGGUUAAUGUGUGAUUUCUUCUUACGUUUAUAUUUAAGCGCAUGGGUGAAAGAACAUUUCAUAUGCAUUAAAAAACAGAAAAC